GUGUCCAUGUGCGGAAAAAUAGAAAAGACACAAACAUGAAGGAAAAGUGAAAAGGCGAUAUUUUCAAAUUCUGUUUGCAUGGUAAUACGUUUUUAACACACUUUACUUUUUGUAAGUUUGAGCAGGAAUUGGUAUCAGUUUUACAAUCGAUGUAAUUAUGUGUGACGAAGAUUGGGAUGCUGAGAUUGAAGGGACGGCGAGCUCGCAGCCAGUGUAUCAACAACCAACGCAAGUGUGGACAAACUCAAGCAGAACACAACCCAAACAGUGGGAAAACAAACAGUCGGCAGGUUCUUGUGAUACUGGAAGGUCGGGAGGAAGGGAUUUCCAGUCAAGAUCUGACAAUAAUAGUUGGAGAAAUUCUAAUUCAGGUGGAGGCUUUGGAAGAGGAGGGGGAGGAGGAGGGCGUGAACAGACAGGAGGCUGGGGUUCAAGGGGACAUAAUGACGAAGGAAGUCAAAGCAGAGGUGUUCGAGGAACGAGGAAUGGCGAGUCUUCGGGGGAUACAUUGGUCUUUUUCGUCCCAAAAUCCCAAGUUGGAAGAAUAAUUGGAAAACAAGGAUUAAAGAUACGAGAAUUACAAGAUGGUACUGGAGCAUCAAUAACGGUCUCCAGAGAGGAUAAUGGAAGUGGUGAGAACCAGGUUGAGAUAUCGGGUUCUGAGGAGGAACGAAACAUGGCAAAAAUGAAAAUAGACGAGCUUACUAGUGGUUCUUUUGGAGGUGGUGGUGGUGGGAGUGACCGCGCCUGCUACAAAUGUGGAGAGCAGGGCCAUAUGUCUCGCGAAUGUCCAUCUGCAGCAGGUGGAGGAGGGGGAUUCAGUGGUGGAGGAGGAGGGGGAUUCAGUGGUGGUGGUGGUGGCGGUGGUGGUGACCGAGCCUGCUACAAAUGUGGAGGGCAGGGUCAUAUAUCCAGAGAUUGUACCUCAGAAUCAUCAAAUGGGCAACGGUUCGGUGGAACCAGAGACAACUCAAUCAGCAUGCUUGUCCAUAAUAGCGAUGUUGGGAAAAUAAUUGGUAAAAGCGGGUCAAAGAUCAGAGAGUUGCAGGAGCAAACUAGAGCCAGAAUUAAGGUUUCCCGAGAGGAGAAUGACGAUGGUGAGAACAAGGUGGACAUCCAGGGUUCAGAGGAAGCUCGUAGCCAGGCUAAAGAGAAGAUUGAAGAGCUCAUUAAACCUUUCAGCUCCAUGACCUCAAACUAUGGAAGUAGCUCCGGUGUUGGAUCAGGCGCAGUGGAAGAAGCCCAGCCUAAAAUCAACUGGGGGAUGAUCCGGUCACAGCAAGAGGAACACGCUCGCACCAAGUUCCUCGGUUUACCAGAGUUACAUAAAGAAUUUUACAUAGAAGACCCGGAUGUGGCAAAUAUGUACCCAGAGGAUGUUAAGAAGUUCAGGAAAGACAAUAACAACAUUAUAGUGAUGGACCUUAGUAAGGACGGUGACCGACGGGUUCCUAAUCCUGUUCAGACAUUUGAACAGGCAUUUCAGCAUUACCCUGAAAUCCUUGACACAAUAUACGCCCAAAAAUUCACAAAGCCUUCCCCUAUACAGUGCCAGGCCUGGCCAGUCCUACUACAGGGGAUGAACAUGAUAGGAAUUGCUCAGACAGGAACAGGGAAAACUCUAGCAUUUUUGCUACCAGCCUUCAUACAUAUAGACCAGCAAUCAGUACCCCGAGAAAAGAGGGGGGGACCCAAUCUUCUUGUACUGUCUCCAACUAGGGAGCUUGCCUUGCAGAUUGAGUCCGAGGUGAAGAAGUUCCACUAUAAAGGAAUCAAGAGUGUGUGCGUGUAUGGAGGAGGUAACCGCCGGGAGCAGAUCAAUGUUAUCACUAAAGGCGUGGAGAUUAUCGUGGCCACACCUGGACGCCUGAAUGACCUCAUCAUGAACAAUAUUGUGAGCGUCAAGUCUGUCACAUUCCUGAUAUUGGAUGAGGCAGACCGAAUGUUAGAUAUGGGUUUUGAGCCAGAGAUCAAAAAGAUUCUUUUGGAUAUCCGUCCUGAUAGACAAACGGUCAUGACAAGUGCCACCUGGCCUGAAGGUGUACGUCGCUUGGCUGAUGCCUACCUCAAAGAUCCAUUCCAAGUAUUUGUGGGCUCCCUAGAUCUAGCGGCUGUCCACAGUGUUAAACAACUUGUGGAAAUAAUAGAUGAAGAAGAAAAGAAAGAACGGGUCGUGUACUUUGUGCAACACGAGAUGGAGCCAGAUGACAAAGUCAUCAUCUUUGUUGGGAGGAAAGUGCUGGCUGAUGACCUGUCUAGUGAUUUCUCCCUCAGUGGUAUUGAUUGCCAGUGUAUCCAUGGUGACAGAGAACAAUGUGAUCGUGAACAGGCACUAGAGGACUUCAAAACUGGAUACGUCAAGAUCCUUGUAGCAACGGAUGUAGCCUCAAGAGGUUUAGAUGUGAAAGAUAUUACGCAUGUCUUCAACUAUGACUUUCCCCGUAAUAUAGAAGAAUAUGUCCACAGGAUUGGCCGCACCGGAAGAGCAGGAAAAACAGGCACCUCAUUGACCCUGAUGACCAGGAAGGAUUGGAGGUCAGCACAACUCUUGAUUGACAUUAUGGAUGAAGCCAACCAGGAGAUUCCUCCAGAACUUUACGAGAUGGCAGAAAGGUAUGAAAGGCAGAAGAAGAAGCGUGAUGAAGAGAGAGCCAGUGGUGGAGGCAGUCGGUUUGGAGGUGACAGGGGAGGAGGCAGGUUUGGAGGAGGUGAUGACGACUUCAUGGGUGGAUAUGGGGGAUUCGGUGGAGGUAGGCGAGGAGGAGGAGGCGGACGCAGGAGGGAUGACAGAAGUGGAGUUAUUAUCAACACAUAUGGAAUUGCCUAGUUUGUACAGUGUAAUGUCAAAACUUUUACUUUUUGAAGAGUCCAAGUGAUUCAUGGACAGUAGAGGGCUAAUGUGAUUCACUUAUGGUCGAGGACGCAUGUGAUCAAUUGUGUGUGCAUACAAUCAUGACGGCUGAUGUUGUUUCACAUGUUUGUCCUACAGAUCCUUGAGAUUUAGUCCCUCAGUGCCCGUCGUUUGGACUAUGGUGAGCUGUACCGACGGUCGCAGCAGUGGUAUACCUUCUAUACCCUACACUGUUGAUGUGUAGGCUAGUCACUUGUGCAAUACAAAUACUACUGUUGUGACAAGUUAUGGUAUCUGUUGUCGAGGAAACAUGCAGUGGAACAAAGAAUCCAUACACACAUUAAUAUCUAGUUCACAGGCAUUUAAGCUGUCAUAUUCCUAAUGAAAAUCAUACUCAAAUUUCCAGGGGUUACCCCUCACAUGUGUUCUCUGCACCCCUGGAAUAAGUCAUGCCGAAUUAAAGACUGUACCCACCACCAAGUGGAUGAAACAAAUAGACUAGUUUGAUCCUUUAAUGUACAUCAAAAGAAUUGCACAGCACUCUAUUGGUAAAACUGACUAGCUUUGAUGCCGGUCGUCACUCUGUUAUGUUCAAAGGGUAGGUAUCCGCAUAGCGACGGGUUUAUGUUUUUUACCUGAAACCAAUCAAAAAGCUAACUGUGUGCCUUUGAAUUUGCCAUGACAUAUUCCAGGGAUGCAGAGAAUGAAAGUGAGCAUAACCCCUGGAGUAUGGGCGUUGAAUGAAUACAUGAUUCCAGUCCUUCAGUUAUUCGUUCUCAGAACAUAUACCUGCUUGUACAUAAUUAAGAAUUUGAUAGAUCUGGACCACAGCAAUACAUUUUUUUUAAAUCUCCAAGAAAGGAAAAUCAUUAGAUUUGAUAAGUUUUGGGCUUUGCUUUAAAGGUUGUGAUAAUAUAUUGAAUAAAUCUGAUUGAAAUUGGUUAUCAUAAUAUCCCGCGAAACGGUUCAAUUAAAUCACUUUGAAAUAGCAUUGACUUCUUGUGAUAUUGAUUUGUGGUAUCCUAAAUAUAGAUCAGUUCAUGUCAACUUGUUGGCAAAGUUACUGUAGAUGUGACUAUUUUUAUAGAUGCAAUGUGUUUGAUAUCAGUUGUAAACAUUCUACCUGAGGGUAAAUUUUUUUGGAAUUAAAGAGAGUAUGAUGAUAUGAUUUAUCAUGGGGGGAGGUGGAGUGGGAAGGUAAAACGAUAUGGAAACCUAAAAUGGUAUGUCAAAUACUUAUUUGUCCCAGUUUCCAACUUGAUGUCUAGAAUGGUGCUAUGAUAGAAUGGGUUUGAGGAUCAUUGUUAACAAUAUUAAAACUAUUUCUGUGAUCAUAUUGAUUAUCAAGCAUGUUAUCAAUAACAUUUCCUUGUCUUGCUCGUAGAAACUCAUGGCAAGAGAAGUCUUCAAUAAGAAGAAGAUGAAGCUUAUUUUUCAGACUUAUUGUUCUUCCUUUCACAAUAGGUAUUGUAUACUACUGUAUACCGGGAAAAUUUCGCCCAGUCAGAUAUUUGCCUUUUGCCGAUAAAAUCCAUGUCCACCCAGUGUUAAUUUCAUCCUUUACAUGUAAUUACUGUAUAUUUUAUGUUCACUGUCAUGAUAUAUUCGCCCUCAUUAGGGAGGGCAAAAAGGCAAAAGUUUAACUGCAGCGAAAAUUUCCCAGUAAACAGUAAUUAUUUUUUAGAAAGAGUUAAUUAAGAAAAGAAAUGAAUUACUGAUUGUGUUUGACUUCCGGACUCCUGCUGUUUCUAUGGGACUUUUUGAGAACCCGAAAUAUCUUAGUUAAAUGGAACUCAUCAACACUUUGAAAAUAACCUGCCUGAACAAAAUUCGACAGAAAUCACUGGUUUUAAUGAAUCCAAACGGAUACAAGUUCAGUAUUGCCAAACUUCCUUUAAAUAUAGAUUUGAUGUUCAUGAGGUAUUGUUUUGCGUUGGGACACAGUGAAUAUGUUCUACUGUAUUUAUAAUACCGAAAGUGGUAUUGUACUGUUUAAUUUCAUAGUUAAUGUCAAUCCAUAUGUUCCUCUUUAGUUAUCAAGUGUGACUUUUGUUUUCAUUAUUCAUAGAAUGGGGAAACACUUGUACCGUACCAGGUAUUAUUAAAUCUUGUAUCUUUUAUUUAAUCACUGGUACUGGUAACAUAGUACUUAUGGGUAGUGGGGUUAAAACCAAAUCUGCCUACCAUUCCUUAUAUUAAAUCAAUUUUAAUAUUUGAUGGGUGGUGGGGUCUCUAAAAAGUGCUUCCCACCCCUCCCCUACAGAUAAUUGCGGAGCGCCCUUAUGUACUAUGAAAAUACUUGUAUUGUUAAAUACCAGGUCUUCACAUGUUAUUUAUACACUUGAACAAAUUCCAGUGAAUGGGAGAUUCUUAAUGAACCCUAAUUGGAUAGUCACGGGCCAAAAGUAUUUCCCCAUUCACUCACAACAUACAUAUAUAAAACUGUAUAUACAUGUACUACUGUAAACUGUAAACUUCCGGGAGAAGUUGGAAAAACUUACCGACUAAUCCCUUUGUCAAAAUGUUGUCAAUAAAAUAUGUUUAAACUCAACAUAUAUAAGCAUUUCAACAUAUUUUCACUGGAUUUUUCUGAUAUCAAUUGUGAUGCUUUUGAAACAACUAUGUAAGAGGAUUUUCAUCUCACAUUUGUCAUAUCGUAAAAACCAAAUUUGUUAAUCAAUCAUUAGUUGAUCCUUAACCCUUUCACCCCUAUGUAACUUUCGUAAACUCUACCAUACAUUGAUCUGCAUGAGGCAAUGAUGGUUCACAGUGGUGAAAGGGUUAAUGUAUCGUUGAUCGAUCAUUAGUUUAUCAUCGAUCAUUCCAUUUGAAGUGGUGAUCAAUCUUGAUAUUUUUAUUGAUUUACAGUACUCCUUUUGAAUAAUGUUUGCCUGAUUAUCUGAUCAAUUUCAUUGUUAACUACUUUUUAUACCCAUCUAUAGGCAAGAAGGUCACUUUGACAGUGGAUUUAAACAGACAAAACAGCAGAAUCAUAAGUAAUUUUGCCAUAGAAAUAAUACAUAGUCAUGUCAUGGUGGGUCUGAGCUACGUCCUGUUAUGGAACAAUCCCAUUCUUCUCGCCAAAAAUAUUACGUGUCAACAAGUCUUUUCUGUCAUUAGACGUCUCCAGAGAACAACAUGAUUUGCAGUCCUCUCCUUCCAGAAGUUUCUUCUAAACACACUUUUGAAAAUAUUUUUUCUUGAAAUUCUCAGAUCUUUCAAAUCUUCCACAACAAGGCAAGAGGUAGGCCAUUGUCAAUAAGAUUGAUUGUUUCAAGUACGCAUACUGCAGUGUUUGUUGCUAUAAAAUUUCGGCUUUUGUAAUAACAAUUACUGAACACAUGUUUAUAAUAACUGUAAUUUCUGUGGGCUAAGUUUGGACACAUUUUCUCAGAAAAUCUUCCUUCAAAGUAUACGUAGACGACUGCAAAGUGUGUGAUUCUCAGAUCUAGAACUAAGAUAGACAAAAAUAUUUGUGUUAGAGAAUUACAGAUUGUGAUGGGAACAAUAUCAUUACAUGUUUUAUAUGAGUUUUUAUGAACUGUUUUGUUCAACAUUGAUAAUAUGCAUCAUAGUGGAGUUAUGUUUGAGAUGACAAUUAUGUUUUCAGAGUCUCAAUAUUUUUUUUAUUAUGUAAAUGUCCAACACCACAUUGAUUGUGAUUUAUUUCUGUUCUUGUUGACUAAUUCUUGUGUAUUCAGCAAGGAGUCUGUACUUGAGAACAUUUCAAAGUAUAGAUUGUAUGCCUCUUAAUGUCACACAUCGUUUGCCAUGAGUAAAUGGGACAUAAAGUGGAAAAAAGACUAUAAAAGGAAUAUUGUUUUUCUGUGAAAAUUUUGAGGAUCUCUGUCCCACUGCACUGUGGUUUAUAUGCCCGCUGAAAGACAGGUCGUAUUAUGUUAUCACAUUGGUUGGCAGUUGCACUAGGUGUCAGCUUGAUAUCUUCAUUAAUUUUCAACAGAUUAAAUUAUUCAAACUAAAUAAGAAGGUUCAUUAUCGUAACAGCCCGGAAAAGUUCAAUAACAUCCAAUAUCCAACAGUCUCUCGAUAUCUCGAGUACUUUUCAAUGGAUCAGCUUGUUCCUAUAUGCAGUAAGCGCCCCAUAUCCUCGGUUUGGAUAUAACUGUUGAAAAGUUUGAGCAGAACACUUUCAAUGACAAGGUAGCUCAAUCGGUUGGAGUGAUAGUAUAGCAGUCGGAGGUUUGAAUCCCGGUCUAGCCCCGCUGAAUGUUUACACUCAGAACACUGUUGCUGACUAUAUUUUGUUCAUUUCAUCUGUAUUAUUUCUCAUAAAAGUUCUGCAAGGUAUGGUUUUCUUUUCAAAAAUGAUUUAUCAAAGUGAUAGUCAUGUGGGAAAAUCCAGUUUCCAAUCCCGUUUACAGUUUUUGGCAGUGGUACAGGGAUCCUUAAUGUAAUGUAUAAAAGUCUGUAUACCUAUAUAACUUUUAUAGAAUUGAAAUUAUUACAUAUCAUCAGGAUAAGCAUAUGAAAAGUAACCUUUUUGUAGGUUUGAGAUGUUGACCUACAGGCAAUAGAAAAUGAUGUUUAAGGAAGUUUUUGGCAAAAUUUCAUGAUAUGAAGCAAAUUAAAUUCCAUCUAAUAUUUAGAGCAUAUUAGAAAACAUUGAAAUUAACGAAAAUAUAAGAUGACAUUAAGGGGCAUUCACUGUAAAUCAUGAUCAACCCUUUGGCAGUUGGAUAUCUAGUUUCUCCUGUAACAUAACAUGAUUAGCCUGUCAAGUUACGGGAGAAAUAGAUUAUUAUACUUGUUAAACUGUUUUGUUGUAAUACUUAAUGAAUAAAAACAAAUUA